AUGACAACUGCUCAUGGUCGUGCUGUUCAACGUAUAUUAACACGUCAAGAAUUUGCAACAGUACAAUCACAUCUAUCCGAUGUUUAUUUUUCGUCAUCAGCGGUUUUAGCUAGUAUAAGUUUAGGAACAUUUUUACUUCGUCAUCCUUUGAAAACAUGGUCAAGAGAAGCAAAAGAUUUAGGCAUUGCAUUAUUUGUUGCAUUAGCUGCAGCUGAAGUCAAUAGUCUUGUUCUUAAUCCAUUGGUUACAAAUUUAAUGUUUGAUCGAAAUAAUAUUGAAUUUUUACAAGCAGCUAAAACAAGUGAUGAUAUUGAACGAUUAAUUCGUAAUGAUUCAAAAUAUCGUGUUGUGAACAAUAAAUUUAAUUUAUGUCAUUCGAUGUCAAUGGUUUCAGGUUUUAUUUAUCAUGGUAUUCAAUGGUAUCAUCUAUUCUUUCUUGCUGACAAAUGUCUUGUGCUUUGA